AUGGACUCGACCCUGCGAACAGCAUACAACCCUCAAGCACCUCUCGCCCAACCCACCUCCUUCCAUCCCUCCUCAACCCUCAACCCUUCAGCAGGCCAGCCCAGCAUGGCAGCCCAGGCUCAAAGUACCCUAGAAGUCGCAUCAAAUGCAACCAGGCAGGUGUUCUCUUCACCCUCGCUACAAUCUACCUGUUCCCCGCAGACCUCCGCCCCUCCCAUGCAACCCUUGUCACAAGUAAUCGGCAACACAUCCAACACGGGCACCGUUCCCAUCGCCCCCGCAGCCAACACCCAUGCAUUAUUACCUACGAAUGCAGCCCCCGCUCCGGUGCCCACAUCCGAUACCUAUCCCCACCAGAUAAAUGGUCUCGGGGGUCCAACUGCCACAGCGCCCUUUCUUCAGGAUUUCAAUCUUGUCGCCGAAGCAGCCAAGCGCGCUCAAAUGGGUAUUGUCAUGCGUGAUCUUGAGAGCGUGACUCUUUGA